AUGAUUGCUAAAAGAAAAAGUUUAUUAAAGAAAGAAUUACAAGAUGUGGCAGAUAAAAUGGUGGAUAAAUUAGUGGCCGACCUAAACAGUUUACGUUUUAUUAGACUUUUUGGUUUUUGUAUAAAUAAUAUACUGGUGAGAAUGUACCAUCAAGGAGUUCACAUUUCUGAACGAGAGUUCCUUGAAGUUCGUAGAGUGGCCAUUCUAGCAGCUGAAAAUUCUCAAUCUCUUAUAAUCCUUCCGUCCCACAAAUCUCAUAUAGAUUAUCUUGUUAUAUCUUAUAUAUUUUUUCGUUUAGGUCUAGCGUUGCCACAUAUUGCUGCUGGUGAUAACCUUGAUAUACCUGUUGUUGGUGGAAUUUUGAGAAGUGGUGGUGCAUUUUUUAUUCGUAGAUCUUGGGGUGAAGAUCAACUUUAUGGUAGUGUUGUAAAAGAGUAUGUGGAAGGAUUGCUGGAACGUGGUCAUAAUAUCGAAUGUUUUAUUGAGGGUACAAGGAGUAGGACUGGAAAACUUUUACCUCCUAAACUUGGCAUUUUGAAAAUAAUUUUAGAUUGUAUAUUAUCUGGAAGGGCAAAAGAUUGUUGGAUUGUGCCAAUGUCAAUUCAAUAUGAUAAAGUGAUUGAAACUGAAUCCUAUGUUAAUGAAUUGUUGGGUAAUCCAAAAGAACGUGAAAGUUUAUGGGGAAUUAUGACAAAUACUAGAUUAUUGCAAUUAAAAUGGGGAAGAAUUGAUGUACGAUUUACUAAACCAUAUUCUCUAACAAAUUUUAUUAAUGAACAAAUUGAACGUAGAAAGUCAUUUAAUCUUCAAACUGAAUCACAAAAAAUAAUUUUACUACAAGCUUUAGGCUAUCAGGUUUUGUCUGAUAUUAACUCGGUUUCAGUUGUUAUGCCUACAGCUUUAGUUGGAACUGUGAUAUUGACUCUUCGUGGACGUGGAGUUGGCAGAAUUGAACUUAUUAGACGUGUUAAUUGGUUGAAAGCUGCAGUUUUAGCUAAAGGUGGACGAGUAGCUGAUUUUGGUGGCAAGACAACUGUAAAUGUUUUAAAAGAUUUAAUAAAAGAACGAAAAGAUUUGUUAGAACCUAUUUUUUAUGCAGAGAAAAGGUUUGAAUUAAGUUUUUAUCGUAAUCAGGUGAUGCAUCUUUUUGUAUCUGAAGCAAUUGUGUCAGCUGCCAUGUACACAAAGAUAAAACAAGGAGGAGCAAAAUCUACACAACGUCUUCACCGUAGUUUACUCUUAAGGGAAGUCUCGUUCCUUUCACAAUUGCUUAAAGUGGAAUUUGUUUAUGAUCCUGAAGGAUAUGUUGAAUUAACAGAAGCUGAAAGAGCUAUAGGACGUGAGAACUAUGAUUUUUAUUGCUUUUUAAUAUGGCCUUUUAUUGAAACAUAUUGGUUAGCUGCUGUCAGUUUAUUCUCCAUGACACCAACAAGUAAUCCUUCCCAAGAAACUUCUAUAACAACAGAUACCAGAACAACAGCAUCUAUAACUUGGUUCAAUGAGAGUGAUUUCCAUAAUAAAUGCCAGAUAUUUGGUAAAACAUUAUAUUAUCAAGGAGAUUUAUCGUAUUUUGAAUCGAUAAACAAAGAAACUUUAAAAAAUGCUUUCAUAAAACUUGAGGAUGAAGAUAUAAUCAGGGUAAAACGUAGUCGCAAUACGAAAAUUAUGACAACAGUAGCAUUGCAUCCUGAUUAUGUGCCUACAAGAAAUAAAGAAGGCGCAAUAGAACCUAAAGGCAAUUUAUGGGAUUUAGUAGAGAGAAUAGGUAAAUUUCGUAGAGAAGGCAAAAAUCGUAGAGACAAUGCUACUGUAAGUUCUAGAGUUUUAAGUUUGGUAGAAAAAGUUGGAACUCCAUCAACGGCUGAUGUGGCAGUUAUGGCACCUAUAAUGAGUAGGCCUGUUAAAAUUGGGAAACCAGAAUCAAAACUUUGA